AUGAGUGUACUGGCUUUUGAUGUGUGGAUGUCUCUUUUGAGAGCAGCUCGAGAACUUCGAGUCUCGAAAGGAAGACAGUGGCGGAGGUUCCUGUGCUAUUGUCUUUAUUCUUGGUUGACUCCGAUGAUUUUAGUAGUAGUGACAGUCGUAACUGAACAGCAGGAGAACGUAUCAGAUGAAUAUAAACCAGGAUUUGGACUCUAUCAUUGUUGGUUUGGUCACAAGAAAGCUUUGUCUUUGUUCUUUGUUACCCCUUUAGGUACAGUGAUGUUUAUGAACGUAGUGUUCUUUAUCUGUAGUGCUAGGAUAAUUGUCAAUACGUCAUCUGACGUAACUAAUAACCAAACUAAGUCAUCUAGACAGAACUUUCGUCUGUAUUCAAAACUGGCUCUUCUAACAGGUCUCACCUGGAUUGUGGGUCUUCUUGCUGGAUACCUUGAUUAUGAAAGUCUAUGGUACAUUUUUGUUUUGUUAAAUACUUUACAAGGGCUCUUCAUUUUUGUUUCUUUCUCUUGCACCAGAAAGGUUCGAACAUAUCUUCAAGUAAAACUUAGACCUGUAACUUCAAAAUCAGCAUCUAACAGGACCCCCAUCAACACUAAAGAAUCAGGGUCCAAUUUGUUAGCUGUGGAACUCCCACACGAGAACAACCACGUUGUAUCGUCAGAGAGGGACUUAACAUACACCCAUUUUACUGGAUCUUCUACCAGGACUUCAAAUACAACAAAUAUUAUUUGA